AUGGAGCAUAUUACCCUUUCAUCUAUUUUGCUGCAGCAGGCCCACCUUUGGGUGGUGCAUGGAGGAGCGGCACGUCGCUUCCUUCCGCGGACCUGCUGUACCGGGUGCCUGGUCUUCAUGUGUUUGCAUGCAUCAGGUACUGAGCAUUCCAGGACGACUUGUGAAAGAUGA